GCCGCGCACCGGAGAGGAGCGCACCGAGGGGCUGCACUGGAAAACUCUACUCUCCCUCUUUGACUAGAAUCAAAUCCUCCCUCAAAAGCCCAGGAGCACCUGUGCGUUGUGCAGGAACAUCUGGUGUAUCUGUGCAGAAUGUCCGCCGGAAGCAUCGCCAGGGUGCUGGUUGCGCUCUGCAUCGGCAGCGCGGUGAACUGUAUGCCCAAAGACACGCACAAGGUCCGGCGACAGGCUCCGCAGCAUCACGUCCCCUCUGUGUCCCAGGAUGGUUGUAUAGAGAACGGCCAAUUCUAUAACAUCAACGACCAAUGGGAACGACCGUACCUGGGCAGCACCCUGGUGUGUACGUGCCACGGAGUCGCUGGAAUUAAGUGUAAAAGCAAACCUGAAGAAGAAGAACGGUGCUUCGAUAAGAUCAACCAGAGGUCCUACACCGUCGGAGAAACCUACGAGAGGCCCAAGGAUGGGAUGAUCUGGGACUGUACCUGCAUCGGAUCUGGGAGGGGCAAAAUCAGCUGCACGAUAGCCAAUCGCUGUCAUGAGGGCGGGGCUUCGUACAAGAUCGGUGACACCUGGAGGAGACCCCAUGAGACGGGGGGAUACAUGUUGGAGUGUGUCUGUCUGGGUAACGGCAAAGGAGAGUGGACCUGCAAACCUGUGGCUGAGCGUUGCUAUGACAACUCGGCGGGAACAUCCUACGUUGUCGGGGAGACCUGGGAGAAGCCGUACCAGGGCUGGAUGGUGGUGGACUGUACCUGUCUGGGAGAGGGAAGUGGACGCAUCACAUGUACCUCCAGAAAUCGCUGUAACGACCAGGAUACCCUGUCCUCCUACCGCAUUGGAGAUACCUGGACCAAGACGGAUUCCCGGGGCAACCUGCUGCAGUGUCUGUGCACAGGCAACGGCCGGGGGGAGUGGAAGUGUGAACGACAUGCCUCACUUCACACCACCGGCCUGGGCACUGGUUCUCGUGUCAUCACUAACAUCCAGCCGGCCGUCUACCAACCUGCCACCGUCCCCGAUCUGACCCAGGAAGGACCCUGUCGCAGCGAUUCAGGACUGUCGUAUUUCAUCGGCCAGCGCUGGAUUAAGAAGAUGGGAACCAAUCAGAUGCUCUGCACCUGCCUCGGCAACGGAGUGAGCUGCCAAAGCUGGGAUGGACCAGCUCCUGUUUACGGCGGUAACUCUGGAGGACAGCCCUGUGUGUUUCCUUUUGUCUACAAGGGGAAGACAUACCAUUCCUGCACCUCAGACGGUCGUAAUGACGGACAGCUCUGGUGUUCCAUCUCCUCUGACUUUGAGACAGAGCAGAAAUACUCCUUCUGUACAGAAAAGAACGCAAUUGUAACAACUCGAGGAGGUAAUUCUAACAGUGCUUUGUGCCAGUUCCCUUUCCUCUACAAUGGCCGAAACUACACGGACUGUACCGCAGACGGACGCAGAGAUGGCAUGAAGUGGUGUGGCACGACAACAGACUACGAUACAGAACAACGCUUUGGCUUCUGCCCCAUGGCUGCCCAUGAAGAAGUGUGCACAACUAGUGAAGGUGUGAUGUACCGCGUGGGAGACCAGUGGGACAAACGCCACGAUGUUCUGGGUCACAUGAUGCGCUGUACCUGCGUUGGUAAUGGACGAGGGGAGUGGAGCUGUGUCGCCUACUCCCAGCUGAAAGACCAGUGUAUUGUGGAUGGUCUUACCUAUGAGGUGAACCAGACCUUCACCAAACAGCACGAUGAAGGCUACACCAUGAACUGCACCUGCUUCGGACAGGGACGAGGCCGCUGGAAGUGUGAUGCAAUCGAUCAGUGCCAGGAACCAGAGACCAGAGUUUUCUAUCAGAUUGGAGAGUCUUGGGAUAAAGUCAUCCAUGGAAUCAUGUACAAAUGCUACUGUUACGGUAACGGCAUCGGAGAGCUCAGCUGCGAACCCCAGCACUCCUACCCAGGUGGUCAACGUCCAGUUCAAGUUAUCAUCACAGAGUCUGGAAACCAGCCCAACUCCCACCCCAUCCAGUGGAACGCCCCGUCCUCCGCCCACAUCACCCAGUACAUUCUCAAAUGGAAAGUGAAAAACACUAACACCCCAUGGAAGGAGGUGAUGAUCCCCGGCCAUCUGAACUCCUACACCAUCUCUGGUCUGAAGCCAGGCAUCACCUACGAGGGUCAGCUGAUCAGCGUGCUGCGGUUUGGCCGCCGUGAGGUCACGCGCUUUGACUUCACCACCACCUACGGAUCAUUGGCUACAGCUCAAGGCGAGACCACCCAGCCUCCGCCGGUGGUUGACAUCUCGGAGUCGGUGACUGAAAUUACCUCCAGCAGCUUUGUCAUCUCCUGGGUUUCCGCCUCCGACACGGUGUCUGGUUUCAGGGUGGAAUAUGAGCUCAGUGAGCAGGGACAGAGCACUGGACAACCCGUGGUACUAGACCUGCCUCGAACAGCUACCUCAGUGAACAUUAAUGAGCUUCUGCCUGGAAGGAAAUACACUGUUAAUGUCUAUGAAGUCACCGACGCUGGAGAGGACAACCUCAUUCUCACCACUUCACAAACCACUGCACCUGAUGCUCCCACUGACCAUGAGGUGGAGGAUGUUGGAGAAACUUCUAUUGUUAUCAGCUGGGAAAAACCACUGGCUCCCAUCACUGGCUAUCGCGUCGUCUACACUCCAUCAAUAGAAGGUGAAAGCACAGAGCUGACUCUCCCCGAUACAGCAACAUCUGUGACUCUGAGCGACCUCCGACCUGGGAAGUUGUACAACAUUAGCAUCUAUGCCGUGGAGGACAGCCUGGAGAGUGAACCCAUCUUUGUUCAGGUCAACACAGCAGGAGAUCCACUGCCAGAGGAAGUGGAAUCUCCUACAGACCUGCAGUUCUUCGAAGUGUCUGAUAAAAAGAUCGUUCUGACCUGGACUGGCCCCGUGAAUGACGUCUCAGGCUACAGGGUCACUGUGGCCCCCGUGGACGAGUCUGGAUCUCCUCAGAGAGAGAUGACUCUACCUGUCAGCCAAAACUCCUACAUCGAAGUGACCCAUCUGGAGCCCGGAACACUGUACCGAUUUAGUGUCUAUGCCAUUGACAACGGAGAGGAGAGUCUACCGCUGAUCGGGGAGCAGACCACUAAGCCAGAUGCUCCGGGAGAUAUCCACUUCACCAACGUGACCGAGGACAGUGCAGUGAUGCUGUGGUAUGCGCCCCGCGCCAAAAUCACCGGAUACCGCCUCUUCCUCACCGUCGAAGGCUCCAACCCCAAACAGCUGCGCCUGCCUGCACGACUUACUGAGUACACCCUCCUGAACCUGAAGCCUGAUACACAGUACACCGCCACGCUGUACGCAGAGCAAGACAACACUCUGAGCGAAGGAGAGUCCGCAAUCUUUACCACAAACCCACCCAUGGGUAAUGCUCCUCAGUUCAGCACUGAUGUGACCGACACCUCCAUUAUAAUCUCCUGGACACCAGUGCCACGCAUCGGAUACAAGUUGACAGUGCGUCCCAGUCAGGGUGGAGAAGCCCCCAGAGACGUGACCUCCGACUCCGGAAGCAUUUACAUGUCCGGUCUGACUCCAGGGGUCGAGUACACCUACAGCGUCCAGCCGGUCAUUAACGGACACGAGCAGGGAUCGGCAAUCACACGCCGUGUUGUUACACCUCUGUCUCCUCCCACUGAUCUGAACUUGGAGUCGAACCCUGGUACUGGAGAAAUCACUGUUCAGUGGAGUGGAGCCAAUACCCCAGACAUCACUGGCUACAGAGUGAUGUGCACCCCCACUAACGGGCAGCAAGGAAACAGCGUGGAGGAGUUUGUGGAGGCUGGAGAGAACUCCUGCACCCUGGAGAAUCUGAGCCCAGGGGUGGAGUACAACGUCAGCGUCGUCACUGUUAAGGACGAUAUGGAGAGUGUUCCUGUAUACACCACCAUUACACCAGAAAUCCCACAGCUGACCGACCUCAGCUUCAAUGACGUGAGCGACACCACCAUCAGCCUCCGCUGGUCACCGCUCAACACCACUGCCGUCACGGGCUACCGGAUCACAGUGGUGGCAGCUGGCGAGAGCGUGCCCAUCUUCGAAGACACAGUGCUGCCGACGACCGGCCAUUACACUGUCUACGGACUAGAACCUGGCAUCGAUUACGACAUCAGCGUGAUCACAGUGACGGAGAAUGGCGAAAGCGAACCCACCACGCUCACUCAACAGACCUCUGUACCGGCUCCUACUGAUUUGAGUUUCGGUGAAGUUGGACCAGAUAGUCUGGAAGUCUCCUGGGUUUCUCCUAAAGUCCCCAACCCUGUGGAUAUCAACACCUUCCUGAUCAGGUAUCAUCCUAUUGAUGAUGAGGAUGACAAUACAGAGACCAGUGUUGGAGGAACUACUAAUAAUGUUGUCCUAAGGAAUUUGCUGCCGAACACAGAGUAUCUGGUCAGUGUAGUGUGUGUUUAUGAGCAGAGGGAAAGCUCACCGCUUGUUGGCACCAUGAAAACAGCUCUGGAUUCACCCGUGGGCCUGCGUUUCUCUGAGAUCUUCACCAACUCCUUCACCAUCCACUGGCUGGCACCGCAGAGUAAAAUCACAGGCUACCGUAUCCGCUAUCAGAUGGCAAGCGGUGGGAGGUCCAAAGACGAGAGGCUGCCCCCCUCCAGGGGUCACUUCACCGUCACAGGACUCGCUCCAGACACAGAAUAUGUGGUGAACAUCUUUGCUGUGAGCGGGACACAGGAGAGCCUUCCCCUCAGUGGAAGACAGAAGACAAUCUCUGAUGCACCCACAGACCUGACAGUGUUAGACUCCUCCCCCACCAGCAUCACUGUCCGCUGGGAUGCCCCUCCGGUCACCGUCCGCUACUAUAGAAUCACUCACGGCGAGUCAGGAGGUCACAGUAAUCCUAAAGAGUUCACCGUCCCUGGUUCUCAGUCCACGGCCACGAUCAAUAAUCUGAAACCAGGCACUGAUUACACCAUCACUGUCUACGCUGUGACUGGGAGAGGAGACAGCCCUGCAUCCAGCACACCCAUCUACGUCACACACAAAACAGGCGUGGACUCACCCUCUGAGAUGGAGGUGAUGGGUGUGAACGACAACAGCGUAACAGUGAGGUGGAGCCCAGCCCAGGGUCUGAUUAAAGGGUACAGGGUGACCGGGGUCCCCAAAAACGGACAAGGGCCAUCUUUUACUGAGGUGGUGGCUCCAGAUCAAACUGAGAUUACUUUCUCAGGUCUGAUGCCUACAGUUGAGUACACUCUGAGUGUCUACGCUCUGGGACAAGAUGGGGAAAGUUCUCCUGUGGUGGUGAAUGCUGUAACAAAUGUCGACCGUCCCAAAGAUCUGACCUUCUCCGAUAUCGACUCCACCUCGUUGCGGAUCACCUGGGACAGUCCUGAGGGCAUUGUUACGUCCUACAGGGUCUUGUAUUCAAGUUCAGAGGAAGGUGAGCGGGAGCUGUUUCCUGCACCCAGAGGAGAUGCUGAGUCUACCAUCAUCUACGGUCUGCAACCCGGUACUGAGUACACCGUGAAGGUCAUCGCUCUGCACGACGACACCGCCAGCACGCCGCUGAUCGGAACACAGGCUACAGCGAUCUCUCCACCCACCAACCUCCAGUUCUCCCAGGUCAGCCCUACGUCCUUUACCAUGCGCUGGGCGGUUCCAGGUCAGGAGAACCGACUCAGCGGCCAAACGGGCCUCACAGGUUACCGCGUGGUGGUCAAUCCUAAAAACAAGAGCGGCCCCACGAAAGAGCUGAACCUGGCCCCUGACGCCACACAGGCCCAUAUCUCUGGACUCAUGAUUUCAACCACAUAUGAAGUCCAUGUUUAUGCUCUGAAAAACUCUCUGACCAGUCGACCAGUCCAAGGAGAGGUGACCACGCUUGAAAAUAUCAGCCCUCCUCGUCGCGUUCGUAUCUCUGAUGUAAACGACUCGUCCAUCACACUCACCUGGCGCUCAAAAACAGACACCAUCUCCGGCUUCCUUGUUGAGGUUACACCCACGUCCUCUACGAGUUUCACCCCCAUUCACAGGACGAUCGGCCCAGAUCUGCGCUCGUACACCAUCACAGGACUGGAACCAGGAACGACUUAUAAGAUCAACAUCUACACACUUAAAGGGAAUGGACGCAGCCCACCGCUGACACUCACUGCCACCACAGCCAAACCAGUGGUCAUCCCGCCCACUAGUAUCCGCUUCACAUCGCUGAACCCAACCAGCAUCUCCUUCACGUGGGAACCAUCUCGCAGCCCCGGGGUCACCGGCUAUUACGUCACCUACGAGGAAGCUGGGGGUUUGCCUCGAGAAGUCACCCCCAGACCACAUGCAGGACAGAGCUACGCCCUCGUCAGCGGUCUGAAACCUGGAACAGAGUAUAUCAUUAAGAUCGUUGCACUGCAGAAUUCUUUGAGAAGUUCACCUCUAGUGGGCAAAGCCAGAACACAACCAGCCACAGGCCAUCAGUUAUUGGUCCCUGAGCUGCCUCAACUCCCGGUCCCACAUCGACCCACCACCGAUAUCCUGGACGUCCCCGAGUCCUUCAAUGAUAAAAUUUUUGACACCAACCUCGUCCACCUGGCCGGCACUAGCGGACAGAACCAGCCCGGUCAACAGGGCCAGCACAUUUACACAGAGUACCAGAGCCUGGGCCCCAACAACGGAUUCCACGGCCCCCACAGCGGCCCCAGAGAAGGCCAGAGACCCACCUUCAGAGAACCCCUGGUCUACAUUCCUGUUGCAGGCCCUGAUGGAAACAGAGUCCCCUUGGUGAAGGUCAGUGAGGGUCCUCUGCCUGGUUUGGCAUUUGGUUUCCCUGACAACGAGACAGAGUUACCCCAGGAAGCCCAGACCGUCACUACCAUCUCGUGGCAGCCCAUCCCUCAGACCACAGAGUACGAGGUGUCCUGUAAUCCCAUCACACACCUGGAGGAAAGAGGCUUCCAGAUGCGUCUGCCGGGCACUUCCAACAGCGCCACAUUGAUCGGAUUGACAUCUGGAGCCUCCUAUAACGUCGUAGUUGAGGCUAUGAAGGGCGGGGCUAAAGAGAAGGUUCUCGAGGAGGUCGUAACCGUUGGCAACGCUGUUCCUGGGGACAUCCCCCUCACCACCAACCAGGACAUCUGCUACGACACCUUCACCCACACCUACCACGAGGUGGGCUCCGAGUGGGAGCGCAUGUCCGAGACGGGCUUCAAACUGUGGUGCCGCUGCCUGGGCCUGGGCAGUGGACAUUUUAGGUGUGAUUCAUCCAAGUGGUGUCAUGAUAAUGGUAAUAACUACCGCAUUGGCGAGAAGUGGGACCGCCACGCUGAGAAUGGUCACAUGAUGAGCUGCACAUGCCUCGGCAACGGCAAAGGAGAAUUCAAGUGUGAACCGCACGAGUCAACGUGUUACGACGACGGAAAAAUGUACCAGGUUGGAAACCAGUGGCAGAAAGAAUACCUGGGAGCCAUUUGUACAUGCACCUGCUACGGAGGACAACAGGGAUGGCGCUGUGAAAACUGCCGAAGACCAGGAGGAGCAACGGACGUAGACGCCGACCUGCUCCAACCUGUCCACUCAGACGUCUUCGACCGCUACAGGGAAAACGCUCUAAGCAAACUGAACAUCCAGUGUCCGAUCGAAUGUUUGAGGCCGGAGCUGCUGGCAGACGCCCACAGCCCCUCCAAGAGGAAGUGAAGAUGAAGAAAUGAGCCCUUACAGUGUCCCGACCACUUGGAGAAGGAAGACUCCUCCUGCCGUUAUGCAAAGAAGACCUUUCCAACCGAUGUGUGCCUUAUAAAGGUCUACCCCCCCCCCCCACCCACGCGCAAUUUUAGUGCCUGAACAAGACUCUUCACCACCAGCCUCUGUGCCUUUUACGUAAUAUGUCCAAAUUUACACGUUGGCUGUGAUGUUUGUGUUCUUCAUUAGAUGUUUUUUUUUUUUUUUUGUUCUAAAUCUGAACACAAAUCCUGCUGCUUGUUCACCUCAGAACCUCUCCGAUCGUACUGUACUGGACACUCACAUCUAGUCGGCUGUAAAAGUCUUCUUCCACCUUUAUCUUUGUUGUUUUUUUAGUGUUAAAAUGAUCACACAUAUUUGUUUCUCAUUCUCUUUCCUUCAGAUACAACAAGAAUAUACAGGAAAUAUGUGCACAGCCUUAAAAGACACAUAAAAAAACUGAACUAAAUGUGUUGAAAAGGUUAAAGUUACAAUUUAGUGUGACCUUUGACCCCAUGACAAGAAGCAGCACAAAUAAUUAGAAACAUCUAACGUGUGGAAUGAAAGCUGGUAUAAAACAUCAGAAAAUUAAUGUAAUGAAUCUCAUAUUGUCUGAACAAAAGGGUUAAAGACAUGUUAA